CAGUUUUAUCAAUCAUCGUCAUACGUUUCAUCGUUCGCCCAGCCAUCGCCGGGCUGGCAAGUAACCUCCACGCGUGGGCCCAACCGGCAAACCAUGGUUUCAAUUAUGGAUAUCGACCCCACGAGACAAAUCUGUGAUAAUCGUUCAACACUAUCGCAAAGUGCUGUUAGCCAGAAAUCGAUCGAUCUGGAGAUUCCGAUCCCGCUGAAAUCGCCCACCUCGACGACCUCGCCCACCUCACCGCUGUCCACCACCGCGGCCGCGACGGACACCGAACUGGCCAAGCGGGCCAUGAAACUGGACCUGACCGAGGUGCAGGCGGCCACGGGCAGUUGUUCACAGUCGGCCACGGCCACGGAAUCGAUAGCGAGUGGCAGUGGCAUCAGCAGUGCGGCCAGCACCGCCACCACCACACAUUCCUCGACGUCGAACUCGGCGGCGACCACCACGACCGCCAUCAUCAUGAAGCACCGGAAGCUGAAGGAGCGCACGUUCAGCGACGAGCUCGGCUCGCCCAAGUCACCCGCCGCGACAGUCGAAGUCGUCGACGAUCGGAAGGCGCUGCGGGACGCGCUGUACCAGGGCAUCUUUCACCGCCACCGGCGGACGAUCUUCGCCGUCGGGAGCUUCCUGCGGAUGCUGAAGAGCCGCAACUCGUCAUACAACACGAUCCGCAGCUCGUCCGAGGGCGAGGACGACACCCGAUAAAACCGGACCGAACCCCCGUCGAGGCCAGGCCAAAGGAUGACAAAAUCACACACACACUUGUUAGACGAGAAUGCUUAACUUUUAGUAAAAUCACAUAGUGGAAUUCGUUAUCGGGUAUCGGGGUGUGAAGUAAGUGUUUUUAAGAAAGGAAAGUAAGAGAAAAUAUUGAACCGGGAUAGAAUAAACAGAAAUGCAUUAUGGUUUACACGUAGUGAAUGUAGAGGAUCACAUGGCAGGGUUAGAGCAAAAGUAUCGACUUAGAAGGUCGAGUAAAACAUAAGAAAAGAUGGCACAGUAGAUCAUCAUCAUGCGCGCCCUCCGUUGCUAGUUGAAUUAGAAGGAUUGUUGCUUAAUUACCUUGAUAAUAAACUUUAGUUCUUGACCCGCAUUAGUUAACGUUUUAUCUUCAUUCAGGUCCUGAAUUGAGAUUGGGAAAAAAGUAAGGAGUGAUGCAAAGUUAUUUCAUUCUCUAAAAAAAAAAGUUUUCAUCUGUAAGUUCGUGAAUCGUGACCUCACUUUUUCAUAUUUCUCAGUGAUACACUCAAUGACUCAAACUCAUACUUAAAAAAUACUUUAAAAAUAUUUGACGGUGACUCAAUAAAAAUACUUGUUUCAUAUGGAAAAUAUGCAUAUUCCUAAUUACAUAAAUAAACGAAUUGAAAAUAUACAAUUCACGAGUGUUUUAACUUUAAAACAAACAAUUCUGAUCCCAUACACUUUGUUAUUGCUCAUAAAACGGUAUCCAGACUCGAUUAUGCGAAGGAUAAAAUAUUUCAGAUAAUCGAACCACGAGAAAAACAAGUUUUUGCUCUGAUUUGACCCCAACACUGCUCUAAAUUUUAAUUUUUAAAUCCAAGAUGGCGAUGAAAUAUUCAGAAAAUACCAUUGGUAUCCUCACAGGCAAUAGUGGAGAAAAGCAACUCGCGACAAAAUUUUGAGGCUAGGAAUUUUGACAGGCAGGAUUUUCAUAAAGUAUUCGCCUCCUUUUCUCUCCCACAGAAAACCUGGGAAUGAGGUAGCUGUCAAACUAGGCCAAAAUGUUAAAGUCACUCACAAAAUAAACUUUGAGUGAUUUGAGUUCAUUUCUGACGUCACGAUUACUCCUCUAUAGAGGAGAAAAUCGUGACGUCAGGAAUGAACUCAAAUCACUCAAAGUUCAUUUUGUGAGUGACUUUAACAAUAGAGGAGAAAAUCGUGACGUCAGAAAUGAACUCAAAUCACUCAAAGUUCAUUUUGUGAGUGACUUUAACAUUUUGGCCUAGUUUGACAGCUACCUCGUUCCCUGGUUUUCUGUGGGAGAGAAAAGGAGGCGAAUACUUUAUGAAAACCAUACCUGUCAAAAUUCCUAGCCUCAAAAUUUUGUCGCGAGUUGCUUUUCUCCUCUAUUGUUCACACACGACCGAGAGAGUAUCUCUCAAAGUCUUUCGUUUCUCAUGCGAAAUACAUUCGCACAGAGCGCGUUUCUUUGACAUUUUAUGGGGAAAUACAGAUCACCUUCCCCAUGACUGCACUCAAAUGAUUGCUGUCACCACUCAAGCAAGAAAGAGAGAGAAUAAAAGAGAGAGCAUGAGCCUUCAUGUAGAGCGUUUGCUUGAGUGCGGUGCUCGGUUUAGUUUGUUUCAACUUCGUGUGCGAUCAAUGGCGUAUGUUUCGGAAACAUUUAUUGUCCGGUGGAAUUUUUGCUAUUCAUCUCAUCGGUAUUUUUGGCGAAAUCCUCUUUUUUCUGCAAAUGAAAUAAACAGUAUUGGAAGCUGUGACAGUGAUCAAUUCCACGGCACUAAUUUUGAUUUUUAUUCAUCUCACAUAAACUGUUGAAAAAAAACUGUCGUCAAUUAAUUUUGAGAUUAUAAUGACAACUGUCUUUUCUGCAGCUAUCACUUACAGUAGAUUUUUUGGUCAGAAUAACAGUAGAAUCAAUCAAAAAUCAUCAAAUUUUGCUAGAAUUUCCGUUAUCAGAUAUUUUUGGCAGUAAUUUGAAUAAACAAACCAGCAGAGCUUAAACCCAAAUUUAUUUACUUUCCUUCAACAGUAGAUUUUUCCAACUACUCGAACAAACCAAAAAUAUGGCCUCAUUUCAUUGAAAGCAAGCCCCUACCGUUAUAAUAAACAAAUCUGGUAUGGCCAGAAAGGAAGGAUGCACUGGGGCAUGUAAAAUUUAGUUCUGCCAACCACCAAGCAAAAGCUCAGAAGCUUCUGUUACUGCGCUCGUCGUCGGACAACUUGUUCUACAAGGCGUGCAGGAAGCCAGAUAACAUUGUCUAAUUCGGAUUUAAACCGCAACUACGAUGUCCCGUCGGUUUUUCUAUUGUGGUAAGGAGCUUGGAAUUUUUAUUUGAGAUUGUCGAAAUUUGUCGAAGAAAUUUUAUAAUUAUUCAAAUCCAAAGUAAAUACAUUUUGCUUUUUUAAGAAUAAAUCCAAAGAACUCAUUUUGCUUGCAAAUAAUGAUAAAUUAUAUCGAUUCCUUUUUGUGAAUGAUACCCAAAACCAAUCACAUGCCUUAAACAAACAUCCGACUCUAUUCGCUAGUAACGGCUUUACUGCAAAACUAUCUCUACCGAACUGUUGCUAACAAUUAUUGAGCUUAGACAGCAUCGCUUCCCAUCACUGCCCAAGCAAAUCAAUCACUUCACAACCAACCCCAGUUAGAGAGAUAGAGAGUGGCAUAAAUCAGGUAGCAGCAACAUCGUCAGUGAGGCAUAUUUUAGAGAUCCACGAUACCGAUAACAAAGGGAACACACAGUUAGAAAACACUGUAACGAAGGCUGGUUAGGAAGAAAAAAAGUAACACAUUAGUUGGACCCAAUUGUUUUUAUUGGUAACGCUAUCGAAACAACAUUUAAAACAUAAUUAAAACAGAUUUAAAAAAAAUAUAUAUUAAAAACCACCCCCUCCAGCACUUAAACAAAUCGUGCAACACAAGCGUCGUCGUCGUCGUCGUUGUUACUUUUUUAUAAUCAUUCAUUUGAUAAGAAGCAUAUGUAAAUUAGUGAAAGACAGCAUCAUCAAGGAUAAGAAAAAAAAAUAACAAAGAAGAAAACUAGUUGAAUAAUGUUUAACGCAGCCAUCAUCGUGCAAAUA